AUGUCUAGUUUCCGCCGAUCCGUUCUCCAGCGGCUUCGCACCGCCGUUAUUCUGAUCCCUGCCAUCCUCGUUAUAGGACCGCAUUUCGACGUACGGCUUCCGCCCGUCGCAGCGCAGGGCGCCGAUUGGUCGAGGGAGUCAGAUGGAGGAGGCGAGGGAGCAGGCGGCGGAGGCAGCUUCGCAGAAACUUCGUCUCUUUCAUACACGUGUCCCCAGGAAAUGGCGUCGCGUCCAUAUUCUGAUAGCUUCGAUCCCUCCGCCUUACUCUCCGCCAAGUUCAUAUCAGUGGGUCGCCUGUACGAGCAGCUCAGCAAGGCUCGGCUGCAUCUGGGGGAGGUGUUAUCUGUGGCGCGGCACACAGGCCGCACACUCAUCCUGCCGUCCGUUGGAAACAGCAGGAUCGGCACUGUAGCGGAUUACGCCUUCCCCUUCUGCACUUAUUUCGACCCGGGCAGGCUCGGGCAGUUUGUGCCGUGGGUCUCGGAGGAGUUUUUUUACGGGCAGGUGGUGCCGGCGUGGCGGGCAGCAGGAAGAGGGGGAGGAAGUGUGGUGGCGCUGGUGCUGGGGGAUGCCAAGAUGAAGGCGUGUGAUGUGAGAGCAUCUUAUGCCAAGAUCGGCCGCAACACCAACACACCUGGUCUCCAACCCAACGUCUCUCUCCGUGCCGAUGCCUCUCUCCUGCUCAACCGCGCUCUCCUCUCCCCCGCCCUCUGCACCCGCACCUGCACCACUAAACGCCGCGCCAAGCCGCCCGGUGCCGAGGACCUGCUGGGAAGAGACAGAGGUGCUACAGUGCUGCCUGGGGAGGAGCCGAUGGUGGCAUUGGGAAGAACGGGCGGCGGAGAGGGGGAGAUGGAGGAGGAGGAGGAGGAGGGGAAAAGAGAGAAGGAAGGGGAAGGUCGGCUGGCGUCAGAGUCCCGGCGGUUCCUGGUGUACCCUCGUCACCUGCACCUUGCAGCGGAUCACCUUAUAACGAAGCACAUGCAACUGCAAGAAGGCGGGGCGAGCCGAGGGGGCAGAAAAGAGGAGAGUGCUGAGAAUGGGCGGGGACACAUGCAAGGAGGACGGGGUGGGGGAAGGGACGUGGGGGCAAUGGGGAUGGUGGCGGCGCACUGGCGGCUGGAGAAGGCUUUUCGGGCGGGGGUGCGGCUGCAGCAGGUGGCCGCCUGCGCUCGAGGGCUCGUGGACACAGUCAGAGGGUGGGCGAAGAGGGUGGGAAAGGAGCAUGGCGAGCAGCAGCUGGCGGUGUUCCUGGCCACGGACCUCACUCCUGACAACAGCAAAGAGCACCAGGAAACUCAUGGCCCUUAUUCCCUCUCCUUCGGCCCUUAUUCCCUCUCCUUCGGCCCUUAUUCCCUCUCCUUCGGCCCUUAUUCCCUCUCCUUCGGCCCUUAUUCCCUCUCCUUCGGCCCUUAUUCCCUCUCCUUCGGCCCUUAUUCCCUCUCCUUCAGCCCUUAUUCCCUCUCCUUCGGCCCUUAUUCCCUCUCCUUCGGCCCUUAUUCCCUCUCCUUCGGCCCUUAUUCCCUCUCCUUCAGCCCUUAUUCCCUCUCCUUCGGCCCUUAUUCCCUCUCCUUAGGCCCUUAUUCCCUCUCCUUCAGCCCUUAUUCCCUCUCCUUCGGCCCUUAUUCCCUCUCCUUCGGCCCUUAUUCCCUCUCCUUCAGCCCUUAUUCCCUCUCCUUCGGCCCUUAUUCCCUCUCCUUCGGCCCUUAUUCCCUCUCCUUCAGCCCUUAUUCCCUCUCCUUCGGCCCUUAUUCCCUCUCCUUCGGCCCUUAUUCCCUCUCCUUCGGCCCUUAUUCCCUCUCCUUCGGCCCCUAUUCCCUUUGA